AUGUCGGAGGCAUACGAGCGCGAGCGCCAGAACAAUGCCCGUUUGGACGAGCUGUCCGCAAAAGUGUCCGCUCUCCGCGGCGUCACUGUUGACAUUUACGACAAUGCGCGUGCCCACGAGGUCAUCGACAACACAUCCGAAACGUUCUCCUCCAUGUCCACCCAACUCAAGGGUUCCGCCGGCCGGUUAACCCGUAUGGCUGCCUCCGGAAACAAGGUCGCCAUCCUCAAGCUGUCAGCCAUCAUCAUCGGCGUCUUCAGCCUCCUGUUCUACAUUUCUAAACUCUUCUUUUGA